GAGGGUGGCUGACAAAUAUAGUGAAAUCAUUAUUUUUCUGUACAGUUUAAUCUCUAAAACAUCGCAGUGUGUUUGGUUUUGUUGUGUCGGGUUUUGCAGGGUUUUUUCGUGACUGAGGAGGAAUAGAUCAGAGAUAGAGAAACUGGGGAGCGAAGAACUGUUGUUCUGGGAGUAGUGUAGGGGAUGCCACUCCUAUCACAGAGUAGGCUGCAUGCAGCAGCUUCACGUGUAAAAUCAGCAGUAGUUUUGCCUGCAUAUUUUGUUUCACACAGUUAUUAAUGCAAGGAAAGGAAUCUAUCUGCCAGCUACCUACUGCCCAAGGAUGCUGUCCUUCUGAAUCAGCAGGCUCAUCAGCAUGUCAAAAGGCCAUACUCAGUCUAGCAGCUGACAGCAGCCCAUCGGGUGGAUGGCCCAUGGGUGUGUUGCAUCUCAGGCUUUUUGUUAUGCAACAGCAAAGCCUGAGCAGCUGAGUUUGCCUGUGCAUAAAACCAACCCCAUCCAGCUGUGACCAGCCAGAGAGAAGAUCCCAGACUGGAGAGCUGCAGAAGAUGACAAGAUUCUGUUGCCGUGGCCAGGCUGCAUUACCUGCACAUGAAACCGGUGAUCAGACGUAUUGGCUGGAAGACAGAGCAAGAGAGGGAUUAAAGGUGAUGCAGAAAAGCGAAGGACGUGAAUUAUGACUUUUCAGCCUUCUUUAGUGGUGCAAUGGCCAGCCAUGUCGCAUGUUGCAGAUGAGAAUUCCGUGUCCUUCGGGCUGUCAGGCAGGGGCAUCGUGGUCUCAAGCUGGAAAAUCGUGUAAUCAAAAAGGCAGAUUUUCUGAAUGGGUAUCUUACAGGAAACCGAAUUUUCCAUGGGAGUUAUCUAUGUGUUUUGUGGGAGAGUGACAAGGAACUGGAGGUACCUAUUGGUAGCAUAACAAGUCGGACAAUUUGCACGGGCAUUUUUUCCACUUCCCCUUCUGGAACUUGCUUCAUCCAGCUGACACUGCUUCACAGCCUUAGGCAAACUCUCAGACUCACAGAAGAAAUCAGUCCUAUUGGAGAUACACAGGUGAGCUGGGAGGCCAAAACGAUAACAUUGCAGAUGUUGCUGUGUUUGGCUGGCAUCAAAAAUCACUCUGUCCCAUCCUCUUAUUGCUGGCAUCAGCUUCAGGACUGAAUGCCUCUCUCUUUUUCACAUGGCAACCAGAGCAGUGUCUGCAACAGAGCAGAAGACCUCCAGAGGAUGAGCUCCCUGGUCAAUGCCUCACACCUCCAGCUCACUGCCUUCGUUCUGGGUACAGUAGGCUGGAUCUUGUGCACCAUUUCAAUGGGAAUGGUGGAAUGGAGAGUGUGGCACGUGGACAACACCAGCAUCAUCUCCUCUGGCAUUGCCUGGGUGGGGAUUUGGAAAGUCUGCUUCAUCAGUUACCUUCACGUCUCACCUGGCUAUAGAGAACAGUUCUGCCAUAAAUUCAGUGGCUACGAGUCCUUCGUCCCCCAUGAAAUUUAUGCUGCUCAGGGUCUCCUGUUGAUCGCCAUGUUCGUGGGCUUGCUGGGACUGGCUGCUACAAUAUUUGCUCUGAGAAAUGUGUAUAUGGGAAUCACUCACAAGACUCUUAUUACCCCUUUCUUCCUGGUGGGUGGCUUCUUCUACAUAUUUGCUGGUCUGUGUGUCCUGAUUCCUGUGAGUUGGAAUUUCUAUUCUGUAACGCACAACCAGAGCAUUGCUUUUCCUCCUUCUUAUUACAUGCCCUCCGUACGCAGUGGCUCAGGAAGCUGGUCCUGCAAUCCUGUUGGGAUUGUGGCUCUGUCAUUCUCCUGCUGCUAAGUGGGACUUUUUUCUCUCUCAUACAGAUUUCCAGGGACCGCAAAUACUACAACGAAAUCCUGACAGGACAAUCCCCCGUGCUAUUUCCGAACAAGAGACCUAGUCAAGAGAUAAGGCCAGCAGGACGAGUGGUUGUAAUAGUAAGGAACGCAGAAUUUAAUUUGGUCUAUAGUAGCUAUUUUCUUAUAUGAACCAGUUGCGUUACCAUCUUAAUGGUCACAUAUGACCAGAGGUUCGUUUUUGAGAUAACUGCUGUUGAGCAGCAACUGUGAUUAAAUUUUGCCAGUUGACCUCUUUUGUACGUACAAACACUCAUGAUUAUUAUUUUUUUAUUUGUGUAAACUAUUAACCCUGCUCAAGGAGCUGG